GUUGGGAGCAAAAUAAUCACAGACUGGCUGCACUGGUGGAGGAUGAAUUGAUCAAAACUGUGAAGCUGGGUUUCCAGUUGCUGGCAGGAUCCAGAAAAUGGGUUACUGGAAGAGGCUGGGUCUGAUUUCCCUACUGCUGCUGUCCUUCUCAUGUUCUGCCGGGGCACGAAGAAAUCUGAAGACCAACUUGUGUAAAUGGUGCGACUCCACCUCCCCAGUGUGUGAGGAAAAGGUGUGCUACAGCAACUGUAAUUUGAACUCCUAUUGUGAGAGUCCAUAUGAAAUCUGUGUGGCCAUAUGGGCUUCGGUUUAUGAACCAGAUCCCCAGAUCCAAACUAUCCCCAUCUUUGAGGUGUUCAAAAUGCCAAUGCAAAACUUUCCAUCUUUAUUUCAUCAUUGGCUUUCAGAUCACUGGAAGGUUUGUGCACGAUACUCCAUGCUGCAGAGCAAAGAGGCCAUUCCUGUAGCAGCAAUAAGCCUGCUCCCCCCUCUGCUCGUGGCUGUCAUGAUAACGGUGAUAUUUUACCUCUGCCGCACCCAGAAGCAGAAAAAGAGAGCCAAGGACUGGGGCCAGAAGCACCCACAGCACCAGGCUUUGCCCGAGCCAGGAAAAGCUGCUGAGGACGAUGAGAAAUUAUCUGUGAUGACAGACGACAAUCACUCCAGCAUGAUCUUCACCUGCGCCAACAGCAUCAACCAUAACACCGAGCUGUUGCCAAUUGAGCUGGAUGAGAUAGUGGGGAAAGGCCAGUUUGCCAAGGUCUGGAGGGCCAAGCUGAACCACACCACUUCGGGGCAAUACGAGACAGUAGCUGUUAAGAUUUUCCCGUGCGAGGAAUAUUCCUCAUGGAAAAAUGAAAGCCAGAUCUUUACAGAGGCCAGCCUCAAGCAUGAGAGCGUCCUUCAAUUCCUUACAGCAGAGGACAGGGGGUCUGGGCCCCGGAAGGAAUACUGGCUCAUCACUGCCUACCAUAGAAGGGGCAACCUGAAGGACUAUCUGUCCCGACACAUUCUGAGCUGGAUAGACUUACAAAAAAUGGCUGGCUCCCUGGUGGACGGCGUGGCCCACCUGCACAGCGACUACACUGCCUGUGGCAGGCCAAAGAUCCCAAUCGCUCACCGGGAUAUCAAAAGCACCAACAUCCUGGUGAAGAGCGAUUGGGAGUGCGUGAUUUGUGAUUUUGGCAUUGCUCUAAAGCUAGACCCUUCCUUAACAGCGGAUGACUUUGCUAACAGCGGGCAGGUUGGCACUGCCAGGUACAUGGCUCCUGAGGUUCUAGAGUCUAGAGUGAAUCUGGAAGACCUGGAGUCCUUCAAACAAAUGGACGUCUACUCCAUGGCCUUGGUUUUAUGGGAAAUGGCCUCUAGGUGUGAGGUUGUAGGAGAGGUAAAAAGUUAUGAGCUACCUUUUGGGUCGAAAGUCCAGGAGCAACCCUGUGUGGAUACCAUGAGAGACAUUGUGCUGCACGGCAGAGGGCGCCCAGAGAUACCCUGCAACUGGCUAGUGCAUCAGGGAAUGCACUUUCUGUGCGACACCAUCACAGAGUGUUGGGACCAUGACCCCGAGGCUCGCCUUACAGCCCAUUGUGUGGCAGAGCGGUUCAAUCUGAUGGCACAAAUGGACUGUGAUGACAUCCUCAACAACAAUACAGACAAUGAAGGCAGCAAAACAGCCCGUCUAAGUGGGGAACAUCAAGCCAGUGACGGGAACAGAAAUACCCAGUGACAGGAAGAAACGAAAGCCUCAUAUCAAAAAGAAACAAGGAGAUUAAAGACAAACACGUGGCUCUAAAUAA